AUGGCCUAUCCAGGCUCGAACUCCCCAGGGGGUUAUGGCGAAGGCCAUCGGCUACAUGACCUCCCCCCGUCUGGCAAUCAAUAUAAUCUCCCCGCUGAACACGAUGCCUCACAAUCGCUUCUCCACCAAAACCAAGGCCCAUUCAGCGGUCCCUUUGACGACCCCCAUCAUCAGCACGGUGGCUCUCCUGUCCGACCUCCCUCGAGAUAUAGCCUCACAGAAUCUUACGUAACCGACCAUCCCCAGUCCCAAGAUCAAUACGGCGGCCACAUGGAAAACCCAGCUGCGGGCUUCGGUGUCCCUGGCCGCGUUCCAUCCCCCUAUACUCGGAGCGAAACUUCCUCCACCGAGGCCUGGCGUCAACGACAGGCUCCUGGUAACCUGCGCCGUUAUGCCACCAGGAAAGUUAAGCUGGUUCAAGGCUCCGUGCUCAGUGUCGAUUAUCCCGUCCCCAGUGCUAUUCAGAAUGCUGUGCAGGCUAAAUACCGAAAUGACCUUGAGGGUGGUAGCGAGGAAUUUACCCAUAUGCGAUACACCGCUGCUACGUGUGAUCCCAAUGAGUUCACCCUACACAAUGGCUACAAUCUGCGCCCGGCAAUGUAUAACCGCCAUACCGAGCUGCUGAUCGCUAUUACCUACUACAACGAAGAUAAGAUGCUUACUUCGCGCACCCUGCACGGUGUGAUGCAAAAUAUCCGCGACAUCGUCAAUCUUAAGAAGUCUGAAUUCUGGAACAAGGGAGGACCUGCUUGGCAAAAAAUCGUUGUUUGUCUGGUCUUCGACGGAAUUGACCCAUGCGACAAAGAUACCCUCGAUGUGCUCGCCACCAUUGGAGUCUACCAGGACGGCGUGAUGAAGAAAGAUGUUGAUGGAAAGGAAACCAUCGCUCAUAUUUUCGAAUAUACUACCCAACUAUCCGUCACCGCAAACCAACAACUGAUUCGACCACACGAUGACGGCCCAUCGACGCUUCCCCCCGUGCAGAUGAUGUUCUGUCUAAAGCAGAAAAACAGCAAGAAAAUCAACUCUCACAGAUGGCUGUUCAAUGCUUUUGGCCGAAUCCUCAACCCGGAAAUCUGUAUCCUGCUCGACGCAGGUACCAAACCCGGCCCUAAAUCCUUACUUGCACUUUGGGAAGCUUUUUACAACGACAAAGAUCUUGGUGGGUCCUGCGGUGAGAUCCACGCUAUGUUGGGUAAGGGCUGGAAGAACCUCAUCAACCCCCUCGUCGCAGCGCAGAACUUCGAAUACAAAAUCAGUAACAUCCUGGAUAAACCGCUGGAAUCCUCUUUCGGAUACGUCAGCGUGUUGCCCGGUGCCUUCUCCGCUUACCGCUUCCGUGCAAUCAUGGGUAGACCGCUCGAACAGUACUUCCACGGUGACCAUACUCUUUCCAAACAACUUGGCCCCAAAGGUAUCGAGGGCAUGAAUAUUUUCAAGAAGAACAUGUUCUUGGCCGAGGAUCGGAUUCUGUGUUUCGAACUUGUAGCCAAAGCCGGGUCUAAAUGGCAUUUGUCCUACGUCAAAUCGUCCAAGGGGGAGACUGACGUGCCUGAGGGAGCUGCGGAAUUCAUCGGUCAGCGUCGUCGGUGGCUCAACGGCUCGUUCGCGGCGAGUAUCUACUCGCUCAUGCACUUUGGCAGAAUGUAUAAGAGCGGCCACAAUCUCCUGCGCAUGUUCUUCUUCCAUAUUCAGAUGAUUUAUAAUACGUGUACGGUUUUCAUGUCUUGGUUUGCGCUUGCUUCCUACUGGCUCACAACUUCCGUUAUCAUGGACCUCGUUGGCAGUCCUCCCGCUCCAGAAUCUGGGAACCAGCAGAGAGCAUUCCCAUUCGGCAACACGGCUACUCCAAUUGUAAACACGAUUCUGAAAUACUUGUAUCUGGCCUUCCUACUCUUACAGUUUAUUUUGUCGUUGGGUAACCGGCCUAAAGGAUCCAAACACUCGUACAUCACCUCCUUCGUCUUAUUCGGCCUCAUCCAAGUGUACAUCAUCAUCCUAUCCAUGUAUCUCGUCAUCCGUGCUUUCAGCGGUGGCACACUGGCUUUCACAACAGACCAAGGCAUUGGUGAAUUCUUCAAAUCCUUCUUCAAUUCCGAAGGACCAGGAAUCAUCAUCAUUGCACUCGCCGCAACCUUCGGUCUCUACUUUGUCGCCUCCUUCAUGUACCUCGAUCCCUGGCACAUGUUCACGUCCUUCCCCGCCUACCUCCUAAUUAUGUCUUCCUACAUCAACAUCUUGAUGGUCUACGCCUUCAGCAACUGGCACGACGUUUCCUGGGGAACAAAAGGCGCCGACAAAGCCGACGCACUCCCUUCUGCACAGACGCAAAAGGAAGAUGACGGCAAAGCCGCUGUGAUUGAGGAGAUUGACAAGCCGCAGGCAGAUAUUGAUAGCCAGUUUGAGAGCACUGUGAAGCGCGCGCUGACGCCCUAUGUGGAGCCGAAGGUGAAGGAGGGCAAGUCUCUAGAUGAUUCGUAUAAGAGUUUCCGGACACGGUUGGUAACCUCGUGGCUGUUCUCGAAUGGGAUUCUUGCAGUCGCUAUCACGAGUGAGGAUGUUAAUAAGUUUGGAUUUACGUCCCGAGCAACCAACCGAACCACACAUUUCUUCCAGGCUCUCCUGUGGGCAACCGCAGCGCUGUCUCUAGUCCGCUUCAUCGGCGCUUGUUGGUUCCUUGGCCGGACGGGUAUUAUGUGCUGCUUUGCGAGACGGUAGUUUUAUUUGUCUUACUUUUUUUUUUUUUUUUUGUCGUGG